AUGCGUGUCCUUCUCUGCAACGGCUUCGCCAAAAAGCGAGGCUUAAACCAUUAUGCGCCCACCGCGUGGUCGACGCAAAUGACGGAGAGAACAACAAUCGACAUGGCGGACUCAAUGUUCAUUGACUCUCUUCCCGUUUUCCACAAGCCGCCGGAAUUACUUAGAAAGACCGGGUAUAAAAACCCAGAAGAUCCCUACAAUACGCCACUUCAAUACGCCUACAAGUCAUCUGGCACCUGCUGA